AUGGCAAAUCAAACGGCAGUCACCACCGCGCAAGCUCCUUCUCCGCGUCUCUUCAGUACUGUAGCUCAGGGAUUCAUCCCUAAAAACCGUCUCAACCGAUAUGAGAAUGAUCUCGAACAUGGCUGCAUCUACACUCUCACAAAAUUCUUUGCAUCCAACAACAAGGUGAUGUACUGUGUGGAUGAUCAGAAGCUGUACUUCACCACUCUUAGUCAUCACCUGAUCAAUAGUUAUUCUUCAAGGUUGGCUGCGAAUCCGGCUGCUGCUUCUUCAGUCAACAAGGUAGAGAUAGUUAAAGUUGAAACGCUCAAAAUGCGUGUGAAUGCUACCUUCAUCAAGCGUGAACCUCAAAACACCUAUGCCACCUUAAUUGCCUACUUUGACUGCAUUGCCACAACCGAUGAUGUUAAGCUUGGCACUGAGUGGUAUUUCAUUGCUUGCAAGGAUUGUCAAACAAAGUUAAACCAGGGACCUACAACUUUCAUAUGUCCAAAAUACAGAAAUGAAAAUGCUACUGCAAUAGCCAACUUCCGGGUGGAAUUAUCCGUCUAUGAUAAUGAGGAGCAGUCCAUGUUCAUCAUUAUUGGAGAUGCUGGAAAAGAGCUGAAAAGCAGAAGAGAAACAGAGUUAAUCGAUAAAUAUGCUGACGAAAAUGGUGGCGAUGGUGCUGAGCAUGAGGUCCCACUACCACAAUGUUUCAUCGAUACCAUAGUACAGACACACAAAUUCAGGAUCAAGGUGGUCCACUUCAAUUUCACAUCGAAGAUGACCUUGACUGUUACAAAAUUAGUCUCCCCAGCAGUCCUACCUCCUAAAGACCAACCAGCUGACAUGUCAGCUCUGCCUCCAGCCAGUGAGGUGGAUAUCUCACUGUCUUCCGUCAUCUACUGA